CAUGGCUCACUGUGGACCAUCCUUUGCAGUGCCAUCUUGUGCCUCUGCUCCAGUUGUUGGCUUUGGAUCACCCAGUUUUGGCUAUUGUGGUGGUCUAGGCUCUGGGGCACAAGGAUUUGCAGUUCCUUCCGUGGCCUCCAGUCCAGUCGUUGGCUUUGGAUCUGCAGGCCUUGGCUAUGCAUCUGGGGUACCUUCCUCUAGCCUUGGCAUUCUUUCAGGGGUCAUCCCUUCCUGCAUCAACCAGAUCCCACCGGCAGAAGUUGUCAUUCAGCCACCUCCCGUUGUCAUGACCAUCCCAGGACCCAUCCUCUCUGCGACCGGCGAACCAGUUUCCGUAGGUGGCCACACUCCAUGUGCUGUUAGUUAUGGCGGACCUGGAAGAAGCAUUGUCACCAGUGGUGGUGCUGCUCUCGGAGGCCGUUUGGGGAGCUGUUCUGGCCGCAGAGGCAGUCUCAUAGUGGGGCGCAGACGCAGCUUGCCUCCCUGCUAA